ACAACGGCACGCUAAAAAGUUAGAUAUAGUUAAUCGAUCUAAAGACAGGAAUCGAAGACUGUGUAGAAUCCGGACAAAACAAACUAUGUUAUGCUUUACUCCUACUGAUUGUAAAAAGGUUAAAUAGUCCAAGCUUAUCGUUUUGAUAUCAGGAAUUUCUCUCUUUCUGUACACCAGAGUAUGAAUGCACCUAUUGAAGGAAUUUUCGUCACUGUGUCCGUAUUAUUAUUGACAGGAAUGGUCACAUGUCGACCGAGACGACGAUUUUGUGAAAAUUUCCCGUUUGCACCACGUUGCCUAGGUGUCGCGGCAAAGAGAGAUGUAUCACACAGUUAUCACAUCGAGACAGAUAUUGAUGACACAUAUGAAAAAUUAAAGUCUUUACUAGAUAAAUACCACAAGGAUGAUACCACAGACUACUGGGACAACAAACCAGACGAAACAAAUACAGAGCAAUAUGUUCCUGCCUACAAAGUACUCUCACAUUUAAUGCGACGACGACGAAACUUGGAUCUGUCGGAUACAACGGUGAUAGACCCGGAUAUAUGGGUAGAUUACGACGAAUGAGGAGCAGACCGUGUAUCAAGCAGAGUUACUUCCCAUCUCUGUUUUUGUUUUAUUUCUAAAGUGUGGAUUAUACCUCAUAUAAGUCAUCUAAACAAUAGAUUCAUUUAUUUAUUUUUAAUUUGUUUAAAAAGUCUUUGUAAAACGUGUUUCAGAGUGUCACGUGUUUAAGACCUCGAUUAAUUACACAUCAUAUGACACACCACUUACAGGAGAACGUUCUGAUGGGGUGUGUUGCUGUAGUGCACAACUUGUUUCAAGCCUCUGUUUCGUUUAGUUUUUAUUUUGUUACAGUAUAGAUCUGAGAGAGUAUUAAUGUGAUAUCAAUUUGUGUUUUAACAUAAAAUAGGAUUAAAUCAUUUAAUGAAUCAAUACUAUCAUUUUU